AUGAAUUCGAAAAUCCUAAUUCUUCUUAUUGUUUGUGUUAUUGGUUUGGCUAUUUCAAAACCACAUAAAAAGCCACAUCCAACACAUAAACCAAAACCACAUCCAGCUUCCAAGGCUACACCAAAACCAUCGGAACAUCCACAUUCCCCACCGUCUUCUCCAGCUUCACAUUCAACUAAAUCACCAGAAUCAUCUACUUCCGCUCCAAAAUCUCCAUCUUCAUCGAAAGCACCCGGAUCAUCUUCUCCAGCACCAUCAACUCAAAAACCUGCUUCAUCUCCAGCUGCUUCGUCUUCAGCAGCUCCAGCUUCAUCCAAGGCCCCAGUAUCAACAUCGCCAGCUCCUAAAUCCUCGAUCGCCCCAUCUUCUGCUCCAUCGUCUUCUUCCAUUCCUCCAAAAUCAAUUUUUUAUUUCUUCCGUGAUAUUUCAUUUUAA